GCCCAGCGUUUAUCUCCAUUACCUUCCAACCCUCUUAAUCUCUGCCAGCCGCCAUUUGCUUACCAUCUGGCUGUGAUUACUUGUUAUAUCUCGGAUAUUUACGUCUUUUCUGUUUUUGCUAUUUGUCGUGAGAUUUUGUCACUCAUUGAGUUCAGCAGACAAGAUGAUCGGUCACGGUACUACAGGAAUGCUGGGGGAAGAUGGAAUUCAUGUUGAUAUGAACCACCUGAAGACCGGAGAAGUCAACCUAGGAACUUCGAUUAUGGCAAUCAACUUCAAGGAUGGUGUGAUCUUGGGCGCAGACAGUCGGACGACCACCGGAGCAUACAUUGCCAACCGAGUCACCGACAAAUUGACACAGGUUCACGAUACCAUUUGGUGCUGUCGAUCCGGUUCGGCUGCCGAUACACAGGCAGUGGCAGAUAUUGUGUCCUACCACCUCAACAUGUAUGGGAUUACCAACAACGAGCCUCCCAGCACCCAGGUGGCUGCGUCGUUGUUCCAGGAGUUGUGCUAUGAGAACAAGGAUAGACUGAGCGCUGGAAUCAUCAUUGCCGGAUAUGACCCGCGACACGGUGGUCAAGUGUACUCGAUACCUUUGGGAGGAUCUCUACACAAGCAGCCUUUCUCUAUCGGUGGAUCGGGAUCGACCUACAUCUACGGUUACUGUGACGCAAACUGGAAAGAGGACAUGACGGAAGAAGAAGGCAUCAAGUUUGUGCGGGGUGCGCUGCAAGAGGCCAUCAAGUGGGAUGGUAGCUCAGGAGGUGUUAUUCGUCUGGUGGUCUUGACAUCCAAGGGUGCCGUGAGACAUUUGUACCUGCCGGACACGGGCUACACCGGACCGGGUGCGCAGUCAUGAAUAUGAGUAUUUAAUGGGCAUGAUGUCGUUUUCUGUUAGCACUCGAUUAUUGAAUGAACUGCGUUGAGAUGUCUGUCGAG